GUGGCUGGGGCACAGCUGGCCUCACUAUGUCUGCCAUUUUCAAUUUUCAGAGUCUGUUGACUGUAAUCUUGCUGCUUAUAUGUACCUGUGCUUAUAUCCGAUCCUUGGCACCCAGCCUCCUGGACACAAAUAAAACUGGACUGUUGGGUUUAUUUUGGAAGUGUGCCAGAGUUGGUGAACGGAAAAGUCCUUAUGUUGCUGCGUGCUGCCUGGUGAUGGCCUUCAGCAUCCUCUUCAUGCUAUAGCUGGGAAAAGCCAGAAUUUAAGUGCUGUGAGAUUUCAAUGUGAACAAGGACUCACCUGCAGAAAAUAAUGGAAGGAACAGUUAAUCCUUUAUGCCCAGACAUGGAAGGAGAUAAAUCCCCAGAUGCUGGUCUCUAUUUCUGUGUUAUUGGACCAAAGUUCUAUAUAAAUAAUGAAGAUGCCACCAUUUAAUACUCAGAGUUCAGUGAUCUGUAAGGAUCAACCUCCAUUCUGUCACUACAGAAUUACAUUCUGCACACGUCAUUCUUUGUUUCAGACACCAGUUGUAAACGAGGUAUCUUUAAGACACAGUAGAAAAGAAAAUGGCAAAUUACUCAAAUUCCUGUCACUAAGAUUUGUAAGCGAUAAAUCUUUUUUAGAAUGAG